UGAUAAUAUACGUUGCGCGCUGGUUGUAAAAGGCUAGAGAUCUAGGCUUGUAUUACGAAACUGCGGUGUCUUCUAUAUACACGCGCAAUUUGUAAUCUAGCCUUGGACGCAUAUCACAGCAGCUGAUCGCAGCCAUGGACGACCUUUACGAUGAGUUCGGCAACUACAUCGGCGAGCCGGAAUCCGAAUCCGACGAGGAGCAGACAGCUGUCCCAACCGCCGAUGCAUAUGUCUAUGACGAAGAGGAGGAAGAGGAGGCUGGACAUGACCAGCAGCUCAUGGAAGUGGACGAAGAAGGGCCUUCAAAUGCCGUCGUCUUACACGAAGACAAGCAGUACUAUCCGACAGCUCAGCAAGUGUACGGAGCAGAUGUCGAGACGAUGGUACAAGAAGAGGAUACCCAGCCAUUGUCCCAGCCCAUCAUUGCGCCGGUGGUGCAGAAGAAGUUCACCUUGGAAGAGACGGACCUGCCGCCGGUGCUUUACUCCCGGGACUUCAUGGCGGAUAUCAUGAACUAUCCGGACCAAGUGAGGAAUAUUGUCCUUGUCGGAGAUCUACAUCAUGGGAAGACGGCAUUCAUUGACAUGCUUGUCAUGGAGACACAUGCGAUCCAAGCGAGACUCGAUAGACGGGUGGGAAAGAAACGGGACGAACAACUGCGAUACACAGACACCCACAACCUUGAGCGGGAGCGAGGAUUAUCGAUCAAGGCGUCUGCGAUGAGCUUGGUAUUGCAGACGACCAAAGGCAAAUCCAAUUUGGUCAACGUUAUCGAUACUCCCGGACAUGUCAACUUCGCAGAUGAGGUUGCCGCAUCUCUCAGACUGGCCGAUGGUGCUAUCCUCGUUGUCGACGUCGUCGAAGGCGUGCAAGUGACGACCGAGCUAGCCAUCAAGCACGCCGUUCUCGAAGAUUUGCCCUUGACGCUGGUAAUCAACAAGGUCGAUCGGCUCAUCCUCGAGCUAAAACUUCCGCCCUCCGAUGCAUACUUCAAGCUGAAGCAUGUCGUUGAGGAGGUGAAUACCAUCAUCGAAAACACGGUUCCUGGCCGAGGCGAGAAACUGCGAUUAAGUCCAGAAAAGGGCAACGUCGCGUUCGCAUGCUCCACUAUGGGCUGGUGCUUCACUCUUCCUUCGUUCGCGAAAAUGUACGCCUCCAAUUACCCCGGGCUUAGUUCGGACGACUUCACGAUGAGGUUAUGGGGAGACAUCUUCUUCAAUCCCCGAAGCCGGAAGUUCACGCGAAAGGGAAUUGAAGAAGGGGCGAAGCGAUCGUUCGUGUCAUUUGUCCUCGAGCCUAUUUACAAGCUCUACUCCCAUGCUCUUAGCGAAAGCCCCGAAGACCUGAAGGAGACCUUGGGAAGUCUUGGGAUUGAACUCAAGCCGUCACAAUACAAGACGGAUGCGAAGGAACUUUUGUGCCUUGUUUGUUCCCGGUUCUUUGGGCCUUGUUCUGGUUUUGUUGAUAUGGUUGUUGAUCAUAUCCCUUCUCCCGCCGAUGGAGCAAAUCGAUUCCUCGACCGGUUCUACACCGGCCCAACCGAUACCAAAACUGCGGCCGCUAUCCGCGAUUGCGAUCAAGAUGGUCCAUUAAUCCUGCAUGUCACCAAGCUCUUCAACACCUCCGAUGCGUCAGCUUUCUAUGCUUUCUGCCGUGUAUUAAGUGGAACCGUGCGUCCUGGCCAACAGGUUCGCGUCCUUGGAGAAGGCUAUACGAUGGAGGACGAGGAAGACAUGGUUACGGCAACCGUGUCCGACGUGUGGAUAUCCGAGGCACGAUACAACGUCCCCACAAGCGGCGUCCCCGCCGGAAACUUUGCUCUUCUGGGUGGCAUCGAUAACUCCAUCGUCAAAUCCGCCACCGUGGUAGCGCCCAAGCUCCCCGAGAACGAAGACGCAUACAUCUUCCGGCCGGUCAAGCAUUUCUUCGAAUCGGUGUUCAAAGUUGCGGUGGAACCGAUUAAUCCCUCCGAGCUGCCAAAGAUGUUAGACGGCCUCCGCAAGAUCAACAAGAGCUACCCGCUGGUCACGACGAAAGUCGAAGAGUCCGGCGAGCAUAUCAUUCUGGGCACGGGGGAAUUGUAUAUGGAUUGCGUGCUCCAUGACCUACGGCGCUUGUACGCCGAGAUCGAGCUGAAAGUGUCCGAUCCGGUCACUCGUUUCUGCGAGACAGUCGUCGAAGCCUCAGCGAUCAAAUGCUACGCGAUUACUCCGAACAAGAAGAACAAGAUUACCAUGGUGGCCGAGCCGCUGGAUGACGGCAUUGCAGAGGAUAUCGAAUCUGGAAAGGUCAACAUCAAAGACCCGAUACGCAAAGUUGCCAAGUUCUUUGAGGACCAUUACGGCUAUGACCUGAUCGAUUCUCGCAAUAUCUGGGCGUUUGGACCGGACGAUAUGGGGCCGAACAUUCUACAGAACGAUACGCUGCCCUCGGACGUCGAUCAAAAACUGCUGCGUGGUGUGCGAGAGACCAUUCGACAAGGCUUCAGUUGGGCGGCGAGAGAGGGCCCAUUGUGCGAAGAACCGAUCCGGAACACCAAGUUCAAGAUCACGGAUGUAUCGCUAGCGAGCGAGGCGAUCUUCCGUGGAGGAGGUCAAAUCAUUCCGACCGCAAGGAGAGCGUGCUAUAGCAGUUUCCUCAUGGCAAAUCCACGGUUAAUGGAACCAGUCUACAGUUGCCGAGUCAUUGGUGCCGCGGAUGCGAUCAAGGGCGUGUACACUGUCUUGGCAAAACGAAGAGGGCAUGUGCUGCAGGAGGAACCCAUUGCCGGUACACCACUGUAUCACGUUAAAGGACAAAUUCCUGUCAUCGACUCGUUCGGUUUCGAGACCGAUCUAAGGAUACACACCCAAGGUCAGGCUACGGUAUCUUUGGUCUUUGACAGGUGGCAGACUGUGCCCGGUGAUCCGCUUGACAAGGACAUCAAAUUACGUCCUUUGGAACCUGCAUCCGCUCAGGCUACUGCUCGUGACUUCGUCCUGAAGACCCGGCGCAGAAAAGGAUUGGCGGAAGAUGUCACCGUCAGCAAGUUCUUGGAGCCCGAGCUUUUCAAGAGCCUCAAGGAGUCCGGCAUCUUGGACAGCUGAGCAACCGAACCCGCGUAGCAGACUCUAUGGCGAUGGGUUCCGCUCCGACUUCCUCAAAAGUCGAUCAUAUUGCCGAACAGCUCCGUUUGGAACUCCUUCACGAUCUCUUGGGCCUUCACGUAUACCCCGGCUGCAAGCAUCCCAACUUUCUCCCCUUGCAGUUCCCCAUUUUCAACCUUGUCCAAUAUAUCCUUCGCCCACUGAGAGGUCUCCACGAGCUCCUUCGGGUGUGACGACACCAAUCGACGAUGGUCCUGGUUGGCUUCGA